AUGACACUCCCGAGCAUUGGUCCAAAUACGAGUGAUCGAGAACUUACCUCGUCUCACAGGAUCGAGCUGGAUCAGCUAUCCCAAACCCUCAAGUCGGUCCGAGAGCAACUCGCGCCUCCUUCGACCUUGUUUCCGAAGAUCGAUGCUCUAUCCGUUGAGCCAUCCCGGGUCCAUCACUCAACGCCUGCGCCACUUCCAACCUGGUCCCCUUCUCCUGGCCUCACAGCCCCUAGUACACCUCGCAGGACCUCUCGAGAUCAAAUUGGAUCGCUUCGACCUAAAUUUAGUACGCGACUCUCUUCCGCCUUGAGACUAUCGAAAAACCUCUCAAACAUCGGCAAGAGGAAGAAAUCAUCUUUCCAGAUCGAAUCUCAAGGACUCCUAGCGGACCUCAAUGAUGCUUCUCCUCUCGGAACACCAAGUCCACCACUUUCGUCGCCUGGAACUGAAUCAGAGCCCAUUUCAGCACCGGGGUCGUGCCGGAAGCACUCUGCUGUUUCGGAUACUACUCUCGUCGAUCGAGAUAGCGCUACGUCUCUUCUGGACACGCUUGCACCUUUGAUCUCGGGCAUCCAGCAGGCAUCAAAGAGGAUCACAGAGUCGACUUUUGACCAAAUUGAGAAUGAGGCAGUUGAGAAUCGACAGCGAUUUACAACCCUCUGCGCAGAGACCGUGACAUUCCUGAUAUCGCUCAUCGGUGAGAAGCGUUCUCCAUGCCUCGAGAUCGACCACGAGGAGGAUAUGCGUAAGCUCAUGGUAAUGGCUUUGGUCAAGAAAGUCGAGUUCGAAAUUCAAGCCGUCAGUCAAAAUCUGGAUGCAAGCGUCACGCCCGACUUGCUGCCGGUAGCUUCUCCCAGUCUGCUGUCCACGCCCCCACAAGUCACAGCAUUGUCCCGAUCCAGAUCCAGAUCCAGAUCCAGCUCGAGCGCUUCAUCUUCCAUCGCGGGGGAUCAUCCUUCAAACCCAUUCGUGUUGCACACCACGUCCCUUCAGUCAGGUCACCAUGCCAAGCCCCCAGCUCGUCAAUCGACGCCUGGUCACAGCUUGGGUGUGGACAGCGAGUUGACGCUUGGCGGUCGUAAACAAAGUGUCAGUAUACCUAUUGGCAGUGGCGAUCCCGCCGGAGCCAAUGUGAAUCCUCCAGCUCAUCCUGGAUCUUUCUACGCUUUUGUCGGUGGUGCGCAAUCGAGUCUAUGGGCAACAAAUGUCAGAUUGGCGAGUUUUCAGAAUUCUCUGUUGUUCAGUCCAAGUCCGAUCGCUGUGAGGAGAGUUGUAGGAUACGGAGCGAGAUGA